CGCCCCGGGAGCGGAGGCGCUGAGCUUCGGCGGCCAGGCUAUGGCCCCGGGGGAGCUCCUGCUGCUCCUGUGGGUCCUGGGGGCGCCGCUCGCCCCAGGCGCCGGUGGCUCUGAAGCCGAGGGCCGACUGCGGGAGAAACUUUUCUCCGGCUACGACAGCACCGUUCGGCCGGCGCGGGAGGUGGGAGACCGGGUCACGGUCAGCAUCGGCCUCCGCCUGGCGCAGCUCAUCAGCCUGAACGAGAAGGAUGAAGAAAUGAGCACAAAGGUGUACCUAGAUCUGGAAUGGACCGACUACAGACUGAGCUGGGACCCUGCGGAACACGAUGGCAUCGAUUUGCUCCGCGUCACUGCUGACUCCGUGUGGCUCCCUGACGUGGUGUUGCUGAACAACAAUGACGGCAAUUUUGACGUCGCUCUGGACAUUAGUGCCGUGGUGUCCUCCGAAGGCUCCGUGCGCUGGCAGCCCCCUGGUCUCUAUAGAAGCAGCUGCAGCAUCCAGGUCACCUACUUCCCUUUCGACUGGCAGAACUGCACCAUGGUGUUUAGUUCCUACAGCUAUGACAGUUCUGAGGUCAGUCUGAAGACCAGCCAGGGUCGUAAUGGGCACGAUAGACAGGAAAUCUACAUUCAUGAAGGGACCUUCAUCGAGAAUGGCCAGUGGGAGAUUAUCCACAAACCCUCUAGGCUAAUCCAGAUUCCUGGGGAUCCCAGAGGAGGGAGGGAAGGACAACGUGAGGAAGUCACCUUCUACCUUAUCAUUCACCGGAAGCCUCUCUUCUACCUGGUCAACGUCAUUGCUCCCUGCAUCCUCAUCACUCUCUUGGCCAUCUUUGUCUUCUACCUUCCACCAGACGCAGGAGAGAAGAUGGGGCUCUCGAUCUUUGCCCUUCUGACCCUUACUGUGUUCCUGCUGCUGCUGGCAGACAAGGUGCCUGAGACGUCCCUGGCAGUCCCCAUCAUCAUCAAGUACCUCAUGUUUACCAUGGUCCUCGUCACCUUCUCUGUCAUCCUUAGCGUUGUGGUCCUAAAUUUGCACCAUCGCUCACCCCAUACCCAUCAAAUGCCCCAUUGGGUCCGUCAGAUCUUCAUCCACAAACUCCCUCUGUACCUCGGUCUGAAGAGGCCCAAACCCGAAAGAGACCAUCUGCCAGAGCCACAUCCCUCUUCUCCAGGAAGUGGUUGGGGCCGGGGAACAGAUGAAUAUUUCAUCCGGAAGCCCCCAAGUGAUUUUAUCUUCCCCAAACCUAACAGGUUUCAGCCAGAACCGCCCGCCCCGGACAUGCGUCGAUUCAUCGAUGGUCCAAACCGGGCGGCCGGGCUGCCUCCCGAGCUGCGGGAGGUCGUCUCAGCCAUCAGCUACAUCGCGCGACAGCUGCAGGAGCAGGAGGACCACGACGCCCUGAAGGAGGACUGGCAGUUUGUUGCCAUGGUGGUGGAUCGCCUUUUCCUGUGGACUUUCAUCAUCUUCACUAGCGUCGGGACGCUCGUCAUUUUCUUAGACGCCACGUACCAUUUGCCGCCUCCCGACCCCUUCCCGUGAAGACCGAGGAAUCGGCCGCCUUGAAGGUUGCCCGUGUUCUCAAGCCGGUCCCCUUAGUGUGUGAGCAAGGCGUUGAAGUGGGACCGAGGAUGCCUUGAAGUGCAUAUCAGCUUAUUUACUCUUCUUUUUUUUUUUUUUUU